UUCACUUUUAUAGAUAGUAUCAUAAGUAGAGUCUGAAUCAAAAGAUAAGGGGUUAGUUUUAUUAAUAGUAGCUAACUUGAGAGAAAAAGAAGGUGAUUAUAGAGGGGGAAGGAAGGAGAGGUUGUUGAAUUACAAUAGUAACCUGAUAGGUAAAAAGAAGCAGCAGCAGAAGCAGCAACGGCAUAAAGCAUAGGAAAAAAAAAAUAGAAAAGAUGCUGGAUUAGAUAGACUGAUAGAGAGGUGAAAGUGAACGGGUGAAACCUCCCUCACAGCUCACACAAGCAAGCUAAGCUGAAACAUCUGAUUUCGGGUGCGAGUGGUGCCUUGUUCUUAUCCUCUCAAGUGUCUCCCUUUACAAAUCUCACAGACAAGCACAAGCACAAGCACAAGUCCCCUUCCCUUCCCUUUCUCUCUUUCAAUUGAACCAUGCCGGGUCUCGUUAAGACCCCACCGGAAGCUCCACCCCUCCGAGUCUCAGUACCCAACACUCCAACCCAAAGAUCCGAAUCCAUCAGAACCCCUUCCCCUCUUCCCAAGAAACCACCCUCACCUUCUCCCUCCCGAUCCAAGAAGAAGACUCCCGAAACCCCCAAUUCCAACCACCUUCUCUCCGAUGCCUCUCUCGAUAACCCCGAUCUUGGCCCAUUUCUCCUCAAGCUAGCCCGCGACACCAUCGCUUCUGGCGACGGGCCUGCCAAGGCCCUCGACUACGCUAUCCGGGCUUCUAAGUCCUUUGACCGAUGCGCCCUCGACGGCGAGCCCAGCCUCGACCUCGCCAUGAGCCUCCACGUCCUCGCCGCCAUCUACUGCAGCUUAGGGAGGUUCGAGGAGGCUGUGCCGGUGCUUGAGCGCGCGAUCCAGGUUCCUGACGUCGCAAGAGGUGCGGAUCACGCGCUCGCCGCUUUCUCCGGGUACAUGCAGCUCGGAGACACGUUCUCCAUGCUUGGCCAGGUCGAUAAGUCCAUCUCUUGCUACGACCAGGGACUCCAGAUUCAGAUCCAAGCCUUGGGCGAGACUGAUCCUAGGGUUGGAGAAACUUGCAGAUACUUGGCUGAGGCCAAUGUUCAAGCGAUGCAGUUUGAUAAGGCAGAAGAACUGUGCAAGAAGACGCUUGAGAUUCAUCGUGUGCACAGCGAACCAGCCUCUCUUGAAGAGGCAGCUGAUAGAAGGCUUAUGGCCCUUAUAUGCGAGGCAAAAGGGGAUUACGAAGCGGCUCUUGAGCACCUUGUCCUUGCCAGCAUGGCGAUGAUUGCAAAUGGACAGGACAAUGAAGUUGCUUCUAUUGAUGUCAGCAUUGGAAACAUCUACAUGUCUCUCUGUCGCUUUGACGAGGCUAUCUUCUCGUACCAGAAGGCACUUACUGUGUUCAAAUCAGCCAAGGGAGAAAACCACUCUUCGGUUGCAUCUGUCUUUGUAAGACUAGCUGAUUUGUACCACAGGACUGGAAAGCUUCGAGAGUCCAAGUCCUAUUGCGAAAAUGCCCUUAGAAUAUACUCAAAACCAGUGCCUGGAACCACUGCAGAAGAGAUUGCUGGUGGUUUGACUGAAGUUUCGGCCAUUUUUGAGUCUGUGGAUGAGCCUGAGGAAGCACUGAAGCUUUUACAAAAGGCAAUGAAAUUGUUGGAGGAUAAACCAGGACAGCAGAGCACAAUUGCUGGGAUAGAUGCACGCAUGGGGGUGAUGUAUUACAUGAUUGGGCGGUAUGAAGAUUCAAGGAACUCUUUUGAGAGUGCCGUAGCAAAACUCAGGGUCAGUGGAGAAAGGAAGUCUGCCUUCUUUGGCGUUGUUUUGAACCAGAUGGGGUUGGCAUGUGUGCAGCUGUUCAAGAUAGAUGAGGCUGCUGAACUGUUUGAAGAAGCUAGGGGCAUUCUUGAACAAGAGUGUGGCCCAUGCCAUCAAGAUACUCUUGGAGUGUAUAGCAAUCUUGCAGCAACUUAUGAUGCUAUGGGAAGAGUGGGAGAUGCAAUUGAGAUCUUAGAGUAUGUGCUUAAAUUGAGGGAAGAAAAGCUCGGAAUUGCAAAUCCUGAUUUUGAAGAUGAGAAGCGCAGGCUUGCUGAGCUCCUGAAAGAAGCAGGCAAGACACGAGAUAGGAAAGCGAAAUCUCUGGAAAACCUGAUUGAUCCAAACUCAAAGAGGACCAAGAAGGAGGGGGCAAAGAGAUGGCCUGGUUUGGGUUUUAGAAUUUAACCAUAUCUUUAUUCAUCUUUAUAUUAUUGGAUGCACAUUCUGUAACAUAGAAUAUCUUGUAUAGGGUUGAAUUUGUAAUUUGGGAGCUUCCCUGUUUCUUGAUAUUUGUUCACGCAUUUGUGUUUCUUUUCUUUAUUUGUUUUCUUGGUUAAUGUUUUAUAAAAUGUGUUGUGACCUUUUAGCUGAACCACAGUUGCAAUCCUGUUCUCCUUUCCGGAAAGUGUUGAAAGCAAAUUUUUAUUUGAGUGAAUAAAUUUUGAUAA